AUCAAGAAAGUCACACGAAAAGAAACGAUAUAAAGAAGAAGACUUUCAUUCAUAUGGAACACCUUCCAAUCCACUGGUGUACGUAAAGAGAAAAAAGACAAGACCAUCAUACAAGAUCCCUGCUUCAUCAGCAAUUCAACAAUAUCCAAGAAGAUACCACGAUGAUAGAUAUGAAAGCGAAGUUUACAGGAGAAGAAGUACACGAACACCGUGGAUAGAAGUGAAAAGGCGGGGAGAUAUAGAGCGAAGAAUUGCUACCAAAGAUACGCGUUUCCGCUAUGGUGACGGUUAUAGAAGCCAUGAUAAUCUGCUUCAAUUAGAAAUACCUCAAAGGCUAUUUUUGUCACAGGAUUACGGAGAUCACAGCAGGAUGCACGAGGUUAACAUAUCCCACAUGGAAAUUGAUGCAGUUCCUGACUACAAUGACGAAGCGUUGCCAUGGAUAGAGUUGGAAACACGUGAUCCCGUCACGAGAAAACUUCGUAUCAUCAGGUUAAAAAUUCCGAGGAAGAUGAUCCUGAAGAUUGUAAAAUCUGCAAGGGGAAAAGACGGGAAGAUUCGACUACGAUCCGACGACAUUAGCAAGUAUUUCGAACAAAGUGGAGCAAUUCCUGUCGGCUCUUCUGUACGUAUGCAUCUCAAGUAUCCACAAAGCGCAGCAAGUAGCUACUACAGAGAGGGUGACGUCAAUGCACAAGAGUCAAGCUCCAGGCGUUCACAUUCUCAUGACAGGGUAAUGAGAUCGAAUUAUGACGUAACCAGAUCACGUGAGAAAACACCUGCAGUUCAUUUGGCGCCAUCCAAAAGCACUCACGCUGCUAGUUCAUGGAAUGAAACCAUCAAACAAACAAAUAAUCAAGAUCGUAGAGUCAAAUUUCACGAUCGUGAACGGUCUAAAUCAACAGAAGAUGUUCACUCCAUUCAUGCGAAUGAUUACGAAAGCAAGAGCAACUUCGUACCUGUCGCUUUAACACGUGAUUCUCCGCGUAGCAUUUUAUUAGCUGAUGGCACAACAUGGAAACGAGUCAGCAAAGAUGAUUUGGAUAACAUCAAUAAAAUAAAGAAAUCAGAAAGUCGUGCUUCAUUUCGAAACUCGUACGAAAUUGGCAGAGAGUCUGAGGCGGAGUCGUUCCCAGAUCUACGCAAGUUUUCAAAUGAAAAUGCGAGAAACACGCGCGCAGAUCCAAAAAUAUUCGAUUAUUUGAUUGAUGACGAGAAUAAAGGAAUCGAAUGCUGAAAAUUGCUUUUGUCGGUGGUCAAGAGUGGUCUUUUAUUUCUUACAUAUAUUUUUUCCAUGUAUUUCUUAUGUUACAGUUACAUGCAUGCAAAGAUCAUAUAUUUAAUAGAUCUUUUUAGAAACGAUCUUUUUAGAUACUAAGGCAGAAGUAUCAAAAACUAUAAAAAAAAACAGUACCUGUUAUUGUAUCUUUACAAAUAUUUAUACUAAUACAUAUCAUAUUAGACAGUCCAAAGAUAAACGAUGUAUUUAAAAGAGAUAAAAGAUGAGUCAUGUAUCAGUUUAGACAGCCUUGUUGAUAGUAAUCAAGUAAAAUCAUCAAAAUUUUUAUUAUAACAUAUUUCAUUUAGACAUCUAUGAUAUGCAAAGAAAAA